AAGAGGGGAGCCUGACGGCUCGGAAAUUUGAAUACCACAGUAGCAUGGAGUGUGACCUCAUGGAGACUGACAUCUUGGAGUCGUUGGAAGAUCUCGGUUACAAGGGUCCAUUGUUAGAAGAUGGCGCUCUGUCUCAGGCAGUCUCUGCUGGAGCCAGUUCCCCUGAGUUUACCAAACUCUGUGCUUGGUUGGUGUCUGAAUUAAGAGUGCUCUGUAAACUAGACGAAAAUGUGCAAGCAACUAACAGCCCAAGUGAAGCUGAAGAAUUCCAGCUUGAGGUGAGUGGGCUACUAGGGGAGAUGAACUGUCCAUAUCUUUCACUGACAUCUGGGGAUGUGACCAAGCGCCUUCUCAUUCAGAAGAACUGCCUCCUUUUGCUCACAUACCUCAUCUCAGAACUAGAAGCUGCCAGAAUGCUCUGUGUGAAUACUCUUCCAAAAAAAGCUCAAGAAGGAGGUGGUAGUGAGGUCUUUCAAGAGUUGAAAGGCAUAUGUAUUGCUCUAGGAAUGUCCAAACCUCCAGCCAAUAUAACUAUGUUCCAAUUCUUCAGCGGGAUUGAAAAAAAAUUAAAGGAAACAUUAGCAAAAGUUCCACCUAAUCAUGUGGGAAAGCCUUUAUUGAAGAAGCCAAUGGGACCGGCCCACUGGGAAAAGAUAGAAGCAAUUAACCAAGCCGUAGCCAAUGAAUAUGAAGUUCGGAGAAAGCUGCUAAUAAAACGUUUGGAUGUCACUGUCCAGUCUUUUGGCUGGUCUGACAGAGCUAAGAGUCAGACAGAAAAAUUAGCGAAGGUUUACCAGCCAAAACGCUCAGUCUUAUCUCCUAAAAGUACUAUUUCUGUUGCCCACCUUUUGGCCGCAAGACAAGACUUGUCAAAGAUUUUAAGGACAAGCAGUGGCUCUAUAAGAGAAAAGACUGCCUGUGCCAUCAAUAAGGUGUUGAUGGGCAGGGUUCCUGACAGAGGAGGUAGGCCCAAUGAAAUUGAACCUCCACCCCCGGAGAUGCCACCAUGGCAGAAAAGGCAGGAUGGCACCCAGCAGCCAGCAGGAGGCCGCGGAGCAGGGAGAGGUGGUUAUGAACAUGCCUCAUAUGGAGGGCGAGGAGGUCACGAACAAGGAGGGGGGAGGGGCGGACGUGGUGGCUAUGAUCACGGUGGCCGAGGGGGAGGAAGAGGAAAUAAGCAUCAAGGAGGCUGGACAGACGGAGGGAGUGGAGGGGGCGGUGGCUACCAAGACGGUAGUUACCGAGAUUCCGGUUUCCAGCCGGGUGGCUAUCACGGAGGCCACCACAGUGGUGGCUACCAGGGUGGUGGUUAUGGUGGCUUCCAAACAUCUACAUAUACAGGAAGUGGAUACCAGGGUGGUGGAUAUCAGCAGGACAGUAGAUACCAAGAUGGAGGGCAUCAUGGUGAUCGAGGCAGUGGUCGCGGAGGGAGAGGUGGUCGCAGAGGCCGAGGUGGUGGACACGCAGGCCAGGGAGGAGGUUGGGGAGGAAGAGGGAGCCAGAAUUAUCACCAGGGGGAACAGUUUGAACAGCACUUCCAGCAUGGAGGUUAUCAGUAUGAUCAUUCUGGAUUUGGACAGGGCAGACAUUAUACUAGUUGAGGCUACAGAACCUUACAUUUUGCUAGAGCUCAAGUAAUAGAAACUUAGUUUCAGAAUCCUGAAUCCAGCAUUGAUUUUGAGUUAAUGUGAGACCACAGGUGACAGGCAGAUUCCUGCUUGGCAUAAGCAUUUGUAGGUCUUCAUACAAUACUGUUCGUUUGGG